CUGCAGCAGUCCAGACUUCAGCGGCUGAGCGGAGUUUUCCUCCCUGUUGGUUCAUUUUUCUGAUCGGCAGAGCGCUGACACACGCACGCACACACACACCGAUCUCACUCCUCUCCAGGGGCGUUAUUUUCCUCCCCUCAUUUCUUCAGGUGUCGCCCUCCGUUUCCUUUUUGGAUCCGUUUGGAUUUUACGCACAGAUCCGGACCCGCGGCGCACCGAGCCCUGGACGCUCCGACAUGGCGCGUUUGUUCCUGCCGUGUCUCCUGCUGCUCGUAGCGGCGCAGACGGCCCUCUCCUCCGGGGUGUUCGAGCUGAAGAUCGACUCCUUCACCAGCUCGCGCGGCAUCUGUCGCUUCCAGUCGCAGGACUGCCAGAUCUUUUUCCGCGUGUGCCUCAAGCACUCGCAGCACGUCAUCAACCCGGAGCCGCCGUGCACGUACGGCACUGCGCUCACGGAGAUCUUCGGCGCGGACUCCAACUCCAUCUCCGGGAGCGCGCCCAUCAGGGUGCCCUUUCACUUCAAGUGGCCGGGCACUUUCUCUCUGAUCAUUGAAGCCUGGAACGCCGAGUCUUCAGGUCUGGAGUCUACAGAGAACCAGAACAACCUGAUCAGCCGCCUGGCGACCCGCCGGAAGCUCAUGGUGGGGGAGGAGUGGUCCCAGGAUGUGGGCUUUGGGAACCAGAGCGAGCUGCGCUACUCCUACCAUGUGGUGUGCAACGAGUUCUACCACGGGGAGGCGUGUUCGGCCUACUGCCGGCCCCGAAACGACACCUUCGGACACUACACUUGUGACGACGACGGGAACCGGCACUGUCUGGAGGGCUGGAGGGGCGAGUACUGCUCGGACCCCAUCUGUGCGGUGGGCUGCAGCGAGGAGCACGGCUACUGCGAGUCGCCCGGCGAGUGCGCAUGUCGGCAGGGCUGGCAGGGCGAGCACUGCGAAGAAUGCGCCCGCCACCCAGGCUGCCUGCACGGAACCUGCCAGCAGCCCUGGCAGUGCCACUGCAAGGAGGGCUGGGGAGGCCUGUACUGCGACCAAGACCUGAACUACUGCACCAACCAUAAGCCCUGCCAGAACGGGGCCUCCUGCACCAACACCGGUCAGGGCAGCUACACCUGCACCUGCCGGCCUGGGUUCACCGGCAAGAACUGCGAGAUCGAGACCAACGAGUGCGACAGCAACCCCUGCAAGAACGGCGGCAGCUGCAAAGAUCUGGAGAACGACUACUCGUGCGCCUGUCCUCAAGGCUUCUACGGGAAGAACUGCGAGAUCAGCGCCAUGAAAUGUGCAGACGGGCCAUGUUUCAACAGAGGAACAUGCGUGGAAAAGUCCACUGGUGGCUACACCUGCAGAUGUCCGGCCACCUACACCGGAUCCAACUGUGAGAAGAGGGUCGACAGAUGCAGCAGCAACCCCUGCGCUAACGGUGCUCAGUGUUUGGACCUCGGUAACCGGGUCAUGUGCCGCUGCCAGCCGGGUUUCUCGGGUUCCCGUUGCGAGACCAACAUCGACGACUGCUCCAGCAACCCGUGUCGCAACGCCGGCACCUGCGUGGACGGCGUCAAUGACUUCAGCUGCACCUGCACCCUUGGCUUCACCAGCAAGGACUGCUCAGUGCGAACCAGCGCCUGCGACCAGUUCCCCUGCGACAACGGCGGGACCUGCUUCACCCACUUCACUGGGCCGGUGUGCCAGUGUCCGCCGGGCUUCAUGGGCGCCCGCUGCGAGUACCCGGUCGCUGCAUCGACGGCGAAACCGCCGAGGAGCGACGACUCCCCCCCUGCGCUGAUCGCAGCCGUCGCUCUCGGUUUGGUGACGCUGUCGCUGCUGCUGUGCGCCGCCGUCCACAUCCUGCGGCAGCUCCGGCGGAGUCGGGAGCUGGCGGCAAUCGCCUCGUCAGUGAAGAACGACCUGGAGACGGUGAACAACCGCAACGCCGUGAUUGGAGGAGGAGGGCCGAACAACGGUGGCUUACCUGGAGCGCCGCUGGGCAGCCUGAAGGAGAAGGAGGCGCUGCUCAUCCCCGGAGGUCACCUCAAAGUGUCCAACAAGGAUGCGGCGCUGGUGGACAAGGGCGGCGACAACGUGUCCAUGUUUAAAAACAAAAUGGCCGACUGCAACCUGGCAAAGGAGGAGCAGCGUCUGGACAAGAACAAGUUCGACCUUAAGAAAUGUGACUCUUCCAUCAUCGUCCCUCCUCUCAGUUUUGCUAAGGACAGUCUGUAUCACUCAGUGUUCAUCAUUCCGGAGCAGAUGGAGCAGUGUGUGUUCGCUACUGAGGUAUAACCUCGAGUUUUCAGACCGCCAGCGGAGAAACUCUUUCGCUGGAGGCCUGAAACCUUUUCUCUCCAGGACAGAAGUCCCAGAGGAUCUAUUCUACACACAUGUUUUUAUUUAAUAUUUAUUACUGCUGCUCAACGGAAAGAAACAAAAGAGAAAUGACUUGUGUUUUUAUUCUGCUUUGAUACUGACAAUGUUCAGAUGACAAUGAGGAGGAGGAAAGACUGAAUGUCCGGCAUCAUUUGCACUAUUUAUCAUUUUUUUAAUACUUUAAAUCUUAAUAUAAUUUUCUGCCUGUCUGUCCUAUUUUAACCUUCUUUGGAUGAAACAAGACGUGAAUUGUCCACCAAUCGGAAAGACCGGUGCCUUAGCUACGCUCCCUAAUCACCGUGGCAACGUUUUCACUAUCAAUUUCCCAACAAGACGUCAAUCAGAUCUCCAGAGGACCUGCCUAUGGGAGACAGGAGUUUUUAUUUUAGGUCAAACAACGUGAACUUUUUCUUGGAUAAUGUGUCGGAAAGCUGAACUGGAUAUUUCGUGAGUGACUUUUUAUCAUCUUGCCAUCUGAUUUGUUGUGUUUUUUUUGUUUUUUGUUUUUUUCACACUGUGGCCUGUAGGAAGAAGAACGUCAGCAUUACAAUCACCGUCCAAACCUACAAAACUCUGAAGUGCCUCUUUUUUAUACGAAUCAGCAGAAAGACCUAAAGCAUCAGCAUUCAGAACUUCUACUGGAAGAAAGGGAGACUUUUUAUUUGUAGAAUUUCGAGCCUAGAAAUCCAAUUUAAAACCAGGAAGGAGCCUUUCUCCAGGAGUUUAAAUCCCCCAUUUACCUUUUGUGGUCUUUCUUAUUCCCAGAUUUGAACCUAAAUGAGGUUUCAGGUGAAACAGGAAGAACUUCCGUCAACAAUCAGCUGUUUUCACUUCAGGAAUCUGGAUUUUUUUCUUCCUGCCACCGCCGCUUGUUGUACAAAUCUAUUUUUCUAUGAAUCACAAAGCUGCAGACUUGCUUCCUCUCCGCUGCCUUUAUCAACCACUGCUGUCCCAGCAAGUAAACAGGUAAAUAAUAAAUAAUAAACACCCGUCGUGUUGUUCUGCGACUUUAUCUGAGUCCGAACAACUCUGGGUGAGGAAAAAAAAAACAUUUUAAUACCCGCGAAGGACUCCAAAGAGAGUUUUUAUUCUGUCUUUUCUUGUUUUUUUUUUACCCAAUAAUCCAUUUUGAUACCAAAAAUAAGUUUUUUUUCCUGUGUAGUGGUGUCGUUGUGCUGUCUUCAUUAAUUUAAGAAAACAAUGCAAUGUGUACAUAUCCUCCAGAAGACAGUUUUCCUAUUUAAUUUUACCCUUUUGUACAUAAUUUUUUUGUAUUUAUGAAAGAGAAUUGUAUAUAUGUCUAUGUCAUUGUGCCUAAUGUCUCAGUCAGAAUCAAGAAAUAUAUAUUUUUCAUAAAUAAAUUAGAAAAAAGUGUU